GGCACGGUAUUAUGGGAUGCGGCGGGGGAAUGGCGCGGGGCGCGUGAUUUUGAACAAACGCGGCGGCGGGAUUGGCGCGGGCGCGGCCGCCGCGGCACCGGGGGCCGCCGGCACUGGCGAGAGGCACCGCUAGCGAAGGAAGAAGAAGAGCGCCCGCCCGCCCGCCCGUACCUGCUCCGGCCAUCACUGCCACAGCUGCUGAGAUGGAGGUGGUUUCAGCAGAAGUGAACAGCUUGCUCCCUGAGGAAAUCAUGGACACUGGCAUAACUCUGGUGGAAGAUGACAGCAUCGAGGCUGUUAUUGUGUCUUCGCCAAUGGGAGAGUCUAUUCCCAUGGAAACAGAACUGGAAGAAAUAGUGAACAUGAACUCCACCAGCGACUCCUCAGCCACGACUACAGCCACAGUCACCACGGAAUCGGUCCCUGCGCCCAGCAGCUACUCAGGAGAUACAGCACUGACCCCCACAGCCCCAAGCCCUGAUGUGAAUGCAGCUGUAAAGCCUGCCUUCCCAGGUGGCCUCCAUAAACUUGGUGCUCAGACCCCUGUCACUAUAUCAGCUAAUCAGAUUAUUCUGAACAAGGCCACUGAUAUUAAAAUAGGCAGUCAGAGUAUUAAACCAGAUGGGCAAAAGCUGAUUGUAACAACUUUGGGCAAGUCUGGCCAGCCCAUUGUUUUAGCAUUACCCCACAGCCAGCUCCCGCAGUCGCAGAAGGCUGUGUCCCAAGCCCAGGGUGGAGAGUCCAAGGUACAAGGCCAGCAGAUCAAAGUUGUCAUUGGAGGUCGGUCGGAAGUGAAACCUGUUGUAGGUGCCUCAGCUUUGACGCAGGGAAGUCAGCUGAUAAACACUGCGGCCCAGCCCUCUGUCUUGCAGUCCCAGCAAGUAAAAACAGUACAGAUUGCGAAGAAGACUCGAACCCCAACUUCUGGCCCGGUGAUCACCAAGCUGAUAUUUGCAAAACCAAUCAAUAGCAAAGCUGUUACAGGGCAGACCACUCAAGUGUCACCAGUCAUUGCAGGUAGGGUUUUUUCACAGUCUGCUCCAGGGACACCACCAAAGACAAUAACCAUCUCUGAGAGUGGAGUCAUUGGAUCAUCUUUGAGCACAACACAACAGACACCGAAUAAAAUAGCUAUCUCACCACUCAAAUCCCCCAAUAAGCUAACUGUGGUGUCAGUGGCCUCCCAGCCUCCCAACUCCCCCCAGAAGACGGUGGGCGUCCCACUGAAUGUAGCGUUAGGACAGCAGAUCCUCACAGUGCAGCAGUCAGCACCCUCCUCCCCUGGGAAGGCCAUAGUCAACCACACAACCACCCAGGCUGUGAAAUCAGCAGUGCAGACCAUUACUGUAGGAGGAGUGGGUACAUCUCAAUUUAAGACAAUUAUUCCCUUGGCAACUGCACCCAAUGUUCAGCAGAUUCAGGUACCUGGAAGCAAGUUCCAUUAUGUCAGACUCGUUACUGCCACAACAGCCAGUAGUUCAACCCAAUCUGCCAGCCAAAAUCCCAGUACGAAUACUCAGCCUCUGCAACAGGCGAAGCCCGUGGUGGUGAACGCGACCCCUGUGCGUAUGUCAGUUCCCAUAGUACCAGCACAGACUGUGAAACAGGUGGUGCCCAAACCAAUCAACUCAACUUCUCAAAUAGUCACUACUAGUCAGCCUCAACAAAGACUUAUCAUGCCAGCCACUCCACUGCCACAGAUCCAGCCCAACCUCACCAACCUCCCUCCAGGCACUGUGCUGGCACCAGCCCCUGGCACAGGAAAUGUUGGUUAUGCAGUCCUUCCAGCUCAGUAUGUCACACAGCUACAACAGUCAUCCUAUGUAUCCAUAGCAAGCAACACUGGCUUCACAGGGACAUCCAGUGUCCAGUCCCAGGCACGCCUGCCAUUUAAUGGAAUAAUUUCUUCUGAGUCUGCAAACCGCCCCAGGAAGCCGUGCAAUUGUACUAAGUCUCUGUGUUUGAAGUUAUAUUGCGACUGUUUUGCAAACGGUGAAUUCUGCAAUAACUGCAACUGUACAAAUUGUUAUAACAACCUGGACCAUGAAAAUGAUAGGCAAAAAGCAAUAAAGGCCUGCCUUGACAGAAACCCUGAAGCCUUCAAGCCCAAAAUAGGGAAAGGAAAGGAAGGAGAAUCGGAUCGGAGGCACAGCAAAGGGUGUAACUGUAAACGCUCAGGAUGUCUCAAAAACUACUGCGAAUGUUAUGAGGCAAAAAUCAUGUGUUCUUCCAUAUGCAAAUGUAUUGGCUGUAAAAAUUUUGAAGAAAGCCCGGAGCGAAAGACAUUGAUGCAUUUAGCAGAUGCUGCAGAGGUCAGGGUGCAGCAGCAGACUGCUGCAAAGACCAAGUUAUCUUCCCAGAUCUCAGACUUGCUGACAAGGCCAACACCAGCACUCAGCAGUGGUGGUGGGAAGCUGCCCUUUACAUUUGUCACCAAGGAAGUGGCCGAUGCAACCUGUGAAUGCCUCCUGGCACAGGCAGAGCAAGCGGAGAAGACGGGCAAGUCCAAAGCUGCAGCAGAGCGCAUGAUCCUGGAGGAGUUUGGACGCUGUCUGAUGAGGGUUAUCAGCUCUGCAGGGAAGUCCAAAAGUGACCCUUGUGCCAUGAACUGCUGACUCAUGCACAUGAGCCACAAUGAAGCGGACUGAACAUAACACUUAAGGCACAGGGACACUUUGGUUUAGCAUAAAGGAUGGAUUUAAUAAUAUUUGUUAAUUUGGUGCUUGUUGUAAAUUGACCCAUGUAAGAUUGAAACAAGAAAUUCUUUUAUAACAAGAUGUAGAGCCUUUUAAAUCUUAGCUAAAUCCUCUUCUAUGUCAGACAAUGCCUAAAAGUCAGUUCUUCUUCCCAAUGUACAGCUUUUACCCUGAGUGUCUUAAAAAGUAGAUGUGUUCUCCCCUUUCCCCCAGAAUUAAUUGUCCAAAGGGCAGAUAUAAAUUAUUAUAAUAUAUAUUAUUUACAGUGUAUGGAUUUGCAUCACUGUGCAUAGAGGAAAACACAGGUGAUGUCAACAGCCAGGUCAUGCUUUUGCUGAGAGGCCUGUAAUCUGGAAGUAGCAGUGUAUCCAAGAUAAUUCUGAAAGGAAAUAGGUAGACAUAAGCAUGUAAAUGGAAAGUAGUACUUGUAUUUAGGACUUGACACAGCAUGUCCCUGUAGUGCACGGAGCACUGCGAGAUACAUAGGUAAUAAUACAGAGGGGUUGCUUGCAGAUGUAGCACUGAGCAAGUCAUGGAGAAUGUUUCUGGAGCAGGGCCCAAGGAGUACAGACGUGAAUGGCAUUACAGGGAAUUUUUUAUAGGAAUGGGGCAGAGUGCUCAGGUGUUUCUUAAGCUGGAACUGGAAGUCUAAGACAGUGGCCUGUCCUCAGAAGUGAGGAAGAGCAGCCACAAUGCCAGACUGUCUGCCCAGUGUAGUGUUACUAAGUGUGUAGCAGAUUGAUGCUGUUUAGGUGACGCUUGGUUUUCAGAGGUCUGCAGCAGCCUAAUCCCUCACUGGAAAUAGGGCUGUGCAGUCAGUUAUGUUUUCUAGGACCAAGCUAUAACCCUGGGAAAAUAUUUAGGCCUGAGAAGCUGAAGUCACAGGAGAUGACAAUGUGCAGCUGAAUCGACUUGCAAAUGCAGGUAGGGAUCAUGUUCAGCCUGUUGUGGGUGUUCAGUAUGCUGCAUCUCUCCGUGUUGGCAAUUUAUUCGGCAUAAAGACUCUUUUAGUGUUGUUUAGAAUAACUGUGAGAGCUGUGAUCAGAGAAAGUGCUAGCACAGAAUCAGGAUUGCUACAAAAACAGAUGCAGAUCCCUUUUACACUAAAUGGGGGGCAAUCAGCUAUAGUUGGGCAUAGACUAAGGCAGGGGAUUUUUUUCAGUAUUUCUUACAGGCAAUAUCAGAUCACAUUUUUGAUAGUGGAACACAUUUGCAGAAUUAACCUGGUUGGGUUAGUUACCUAUCAUGAACAUCCAUUAACCAUGUUUAAUCACAGGCAUUUUUAUUACCUAUCUCACUGCAGCCUGAACUAGCUACAUUUUUUCCAAAAGGGAUUUUGCACUCCUUCUAUAAAACUGUACAUACAGUUCCAGGCUGGGGAGAGGUAGGGGCUAGGCACACCAGCAGCAGAGCCUCAGUGUGUGAAGGCAAUAGGGUGGGAAGAUGCUUCACCUCCCAGCCCUGUGCACUGUGCAGAAGGCCCUUGACCCUUCUCUGGUGCCUCCUUGAAAUGCCUGGGUGGCAUGAAGAGCCUGGGAGGCAGCCAGCAGCAGUGGUGGGCUCACAGACGAGGUCUGACCUGCCAGUCACUGUCUGAAGGGCUCUGUCAGCUAAGGACAUCUCCCCGAGUAUAAAUAGCAAUGUUUGUGCAAAUCUCUGAAAAGGGAAGCCACCUCUCAUGUAAGUAAAUGCCAUGUUUUUUCAUUAUUAGGAGUUGGAUUUAUUAAAAAAUCAGUGCAGUAACUUUACCUGUAGAUAGUGCAGAUAUUCCGUUCCCUUCUAGACCUAAUAUAGUCUGUCCAGUAAGAUUUGUAUAAAUGUAAAUUAGUGUAAGUGAAUAAAGUAAUACCUACUUACGUUAUAUUUCAAACAGAUUGCAAUAUGCCUUUUGUUUAGACUUCAAUCUGUGUUAAUUUUGUAUAUAUUCAGUGUUUUACUCUAAAUUGCACCUUUUGUGAUGUGUAUUUAUAUACAGUGUGCAAAAGCACUUGUGAAAUUUAGAUUACAGUUGUAAUUAUGUAUGAUGGCAUUGCUGGAGAAUAUUUUGCUUGUAAAGACUUUGAAGGUGCAAUCAAAUGCUCUUAGUUCUUCUAUUUUGUUUUGAACAAGCUUUCUCAAAUAUUAAGCUUGGAUUCCUCUCUCCUUUCUCCCUGGUGUAGAGUGUAUGAAUUGGUUUUUGUACUUCCUUAGCCAUUUGCAUCAAACUGCUGGACAAGAUUAACAGUCAAGUUCAUCCAGUUACAUAAAAAAUAAUUGGGAAAGGGGGAAGGGUUCAUUUUAUAGUUCUGUUUACAUCCAAAAGUAGAAAAAUUAAAUUUAUAUUUACAAGACCUAUUCAAAGAAUACACUUUUCUAUGUUGUACAAAUAAAACAGUCAGAUAAAUCACAAAAAAUAAACAUUUAUACUAUUCUGUAAA